AGAGAGAUACUGUAACACUACAACAACAACAACAACAUGGACGAUAUCAUUGAGGUGCUGGUAUAUACACCCCUCUGGUCAGUCAGCCAUACAGAUACUUGUGUAAUUAGGGUAAUUGGAGGAAUGUAAGUGAAAUUAAUGUGUAUUUGACAAGGUGGGAUGUGUCUAUAAUUAGGGUGUAAUUGGCGGGGUGGGAUGUAACGUAAUUAGGGUGUAAUUGGUGAGGGGAAUGUAAGUGAAAGUAGGGUGUAAUUGGCGGGGUGGGAUGUAAUGUAAUUAGGGUGUAAUUGGCGGGGUGGGAUGUAAUGUAAUUAGGGUGUAAUUAGCGGGGUGGGAUGUAACGUAAUUAGGGUAAAUUAGUGAGGAGAAUGUAAGUGAAAGUAGGGUGUAAUUGGUGGGGUGGGAUGUAACAUAAUUAGGGUGUGUGAUUGGUGAGGUGGGAUGUAAGUGAAAUUAAUGCUUAAUCAUUGAGGUGUGAUGUUAUGUACUUACAGUGUAAAGGAUGAGGUGUGAUGUAUGUUAAAUUUGAUUGUAACCUGGAAUGUGAAUGUAAUUAGGGUGUAAAUGGUGAAUAGGACCUUGUGUAAUUACAGUGUAAUCACCACUAAUCAUUGAGGUGAAUUCGGUGAGGUGGGCGAGACCUGUCUGAGGUAGUACCCACAAAGAUUACAUCUGUACCGACCCAAUUCCACAUGUGUACUACCCAUGUAGACAAGACAGCCACAGACUCUUACUCUUAUCAACAAGCAUGGAGGAGCCAUAUUUUGGAUUUUUUUCCUGAUAGUUGAAGUAGAUUUUGGAUGAAGUGAUUGCACAGAAAAAUAGCUAGUGUACCAGUGGUGGGGCACUUUACUUUAGCUGGAAGUGAGUAGGGGGGUGGGCUGGUGUUGUGGAGGUGAGAAUGAACACUUUUAUUCCAUCUGUGCGGGAUGUUCUUCUGCUUUAGUAGAUCUGGAGAAAUAUCAAACUUGCUGGUUAUUUCAUUCAUGGCUGUAGUAAGGAGAUCAUCAGCAUCUUUGAAGUGUUUUUUGAAAUUUCAAUCAGGAAUUUAAAACAGGAACCUGCCAUUUUGAAGUGAAAUUAUUAUGAUGGUGUUUCAUCAUAUUUAACCUUUACUGAGUGACUAGAUUUUACUGGAGUUGUUACAUUCUUUAUUCUGUUGGAUUCAUUAUAUUGUCUGGUAAAGUGUUAACAUAUAUUGUGAAGUUUGCAAUAAAAUGGAAACAAUUUGGGGAACAACAUUUUCAAAGGUAAAAAAAACACUCAGUGUUUUUGAUGUUUAGGGUUGCAAAAUCUUCAAUCCUAUGAAAAAAUGUCCACAGAGGUUUUGAAUCUGGUGGACCCUCAGGAUGACAAUGUCUUUAUCAGUGACAGCGAAAAUGAAAACAUUUCCAUGGAUACCUGGUUCCCAGAGCCGGAAGAAGAUUAUGAAAGAGAAGAUGUACAGAAAAAGACAUUUACCAAAUGGAUAAACUCCCAACUAGGCAAGGCCAACAGGACACCGAUAGAAGACCUGUUUACAGACCUCAGGGAUGGCACAAACCUGUUAUCUCUGCUGGAGGUCCUCAGUGGCACCAAAAUGAAAAGGGAGAAGGGUAAACUACGCGUCCAUCACAUCAACAAUAUAAACCAGGCCUUAUUUCUACUGGCGAACAGCUUCAAUAUCAAGUUGGUGAACAUUAGCAGCAAUGACAUAGUGGACGGUAACCCCAAACUGACCCUCGGACUCGUCUGGAGCAUCAUCCUGCACUGGCAGGUAAAGGAUGUGAUGAAGGACCUGAUGGAUGACCUUAAACAGACCAACCUUGAGAGGACUCUACUGGCCUGGUGUAGACAGUCCACACUAGAAUACAAAAAUGUAGAGAUCAAGAACUUCACAUCAAGCUGGAGAUCUGGACUGGCUUUUAAUGCCCUUCUCCAUCACUUCAGACCAGAGCUGUUCGACUACAAUGACCUCCUAACCAACAGCAAUGAGAAGAAUCUAGACCAUGCUUUCAGCAUUGCACAUGACACACUAGGCAUUGACCGUCUGCUCGAUCCAGAGGAUGUGGACGUGGAAAACCCAGACAAAAAGUCAGUGAUGAUGUAUCUGAUGUGUUUCUUCCAAGUACUGCCCCAUAGUAACAUCACUCCCACGGAGGAGGUCCCUGUCACACCUUCUACCGCUAACUCCACCCACUCGGCCAACUCGGCCAACUCAGCCGACACCUUCACCUUCACGGAGAAAAUCACAAAGUCGGAGACGGCUAUGUCCCUGAGUAGUUCGUCAAGUCAUCAUAGCACCAUGAGUUCAGCAGCAACGUCUGUUGAUCUGAUGUCGUACCAGGACGACAUGGAAAAUGUCUUAACCUGGCUCCUCGAAGCUGAGGAAACCAUGGAGAAACAGGAACCAAUCGCAAGUGACGUUGGCAAGGUCAAGGAACUGUUCAACCAACAUGAGGUAUUUAUGUUGGAACUGACCAAACACCAGGACAGCAUAGGACUUGUGGUUAAGGAGGGAAAUGACCUGAUAUCUGAAGGCAAGAUCCUUGAGGAGGAGGAGAGUGAGAUCCGAGUACAGAUGGGGUUACUCAAUCACCGCUGGGAGGACCUCCGAAUGAAGACCAUACACAGACAGAGCUGUUUACACAAAGCCCUGAUGGAACUUCAACAGAAACAGUUGGAUGAGCUUGCUCAUUGGAUGAGCCAAACUGAGGCUCGCAUUCAAAACCAGGAACCAAUAGGAUCAGACUUGGCAGCUAUUCGAAAACAAGUGGAUGAUCACAGGAAACUACAGGAGGAGCUAGAACAUCAACAGAUGAAGGUGGACAACCUAAGGGACAUGGUGGUCAUCGUCGACGACGACAAUACAGAGCAAGCCUAUGAGGUGAUGGAGAACCAGCUGCAGAGCCUGGGGAAACGGUGGGCGAUCAUCUGUAACUGGACCGAGCAACAGUGGCUCCUCCUACAGGAGAUUCUCCUCAAGUGGCAACACUUUUCAGAGGAGCAGGCUAUGUUCUCUGAUUGGCUAUCGGAGAAGGAGUCUGUGCUCAGUAAAAUGAGGGAGUGUGACCUUAACGACCCUGACAAGGUCAUUACACAGGUCAAGGACUUGAAGGCCAUUGAAACAGAUAUGGUGGAGCAGGUCCAGAGAUUUGACGAGCUCAACGAGUGUGGUCAGCAGAUUGUCCAGUACGUGGACAAUGAACAGACUGUCCAGCAGAUCAGCUCCCAACUGGAGGGGUUCCAGGAGAGAUGGGAGAAACUGGUCAGGGAGAUGGAGAUGCAAAGCAAACAGAUUGCAGGAUCUGGAGUGGAGUUGAGUAAAGUUUCGGAGGAAAUGAUGUCAGAGUUUUCUGCAGAGGGACCACUGAGGUCACCAACAGUGUCAUCAGCCAAGAAACGAAAGGUUGACACAGCAACACGCAAGGAGUACGACUUUGAGAUGACAGAGCUGACUGCCUGGUUCGAGAAGACAGAAUCUGCACUGGAGAUGUUGACGAAAGAUGAUGCUUCACUGUCCCCACAGGACAAGUUCACCGUUGAGGAACAGCUUGUCCUCGUGCAGGACACAGAAAAUGAUGUAAAGGCGCACUCGACUGAGGUAUACAAAGUUCUCUCCCUUGGCAGGAGUAUGUUGACAGAAUUCAAGAUGUCUGGUGAGCCGUUUGACGUUCUCCAGAAGUCGAUCACUGAGCUGGACCAGCGGUGGGAACAACUCCACAGGCUGCUGGCGGACACACAGGUCCAGGUUGACCUUAACAUGGAGACCAAGAAGUUCUAUGACGAGCUUCAUGCUCUCCAGGUGCUCUUCGGCAGCUAUGAAAAGUGGGUCGGCACAGCCGAACACAUUGCAGAGGAGGCGACAGAAAUCACAAAACAGUUGGAACAGUGCAGGGUCAAGUUAAAGGCUAUGAAGACCAAUGAGGAUCGUGUAGAACAGAUGACGUCCCACGGCAAGUCUCUAGUGAAGCGGUCAAAGUCUCCGGACCAGAUGAGCUCAGAUUUAGACUCCUUCAAUGACCGCUGGGAGACAGUGUACAGCAAAAUCAGUAAACGCCAACAGAAUCUGUCCGAUGCUCUGGAGAAAGCACCACCUAGAACCUACCUGGAGGCGAUGGGUGCUCUGCUCAAAUGGCUUGGUGAUAUGGAGUCUGUACUGGACACAGAGAAAUUUGUCAUCACUAAUGUUGAAGUACUUGAUGCUCAGCUGCAACAGUUCAGGUCCCUUCAGACUGACCUACAGGACCACAUCAGUAGUCUAGACUACAUCAACAAGACUGGUCAAGAUCUCCUGGCCAAGGCACCAACUGAGGACAAGGCUCGCAAACUGGACAAGGACCUCCAGGGCCUUAACACACGCUGGAGUCACGUCUCCACAGUGAUAGACGAACGCUUGGACAAGCUGGAGCGAGCCAUUGGUCAGCUGAAACAGUACCAGAACCAGAAAGUGGGUCUCAACAGAUGGAUGGAGGAGAUGGAAGUGUUCCUUCAUGCUGAGGACCCCGCCACUGGUGAAAUCCCUAUGCUGUUAGCUCAGAUGAACGAAAGCAACAGUGUUUUGGAAGACAUCAAGACACUACAACAGAACAUCAACAGUAUCAGUGAGCUCCACAAUCAGUUGUCUGACAACAUCAACCCUCAGUUCGGAGACAAAAUGACAACAGACGUCAAAACUGUCAACGAAAAGUGGAAUAAAACUGUGAGUCUGGCGGAGGAACAAAACAGUCGCCUGAAGGUGGCGCUGAGCUCAAGUCAGGACAUCCACGACCGAAUCAAGGUGCUCACGGACUGGCUGGAGCCAAUGAAAGAAGACCUCUCUAACAAGGAUUACGCUGUCAACAAUGCAAAUGAUCUUCUUGUCAAAACAAAGAAAUUUAAGUACCUCAAGACUGAUGUGUCAAGUAAGGAGGAAGAAGUAAAUAAGGUGAAUGAGGAGGCAAACGAGAUGCUGAACAAGGCUCCACCAGGGUCACUUCAGGACCUGGCCCGCGCCCUGAUGAGGAUGAAUGCACUUUGGACAGAUGUCUACAACAGAGUGGACCACUAUUCACAGCUGUUUGCCUCCUCUGACUCACAGUGGAAACAGUUCAAAGGCCUUCAGGAUGACGAGAAGAGACAGUUCAUGUCCCUGGAAGCCAAGCUGAAAAGGUCAAGAGUUGCAAGUUCUGACGCUGAAGAGAUUUCUGAAGAUUUGGAUGGUAUUGAAAUGAGUCUGAGGGAACACAACAGUGACCGUAAGGCGCGGCUUCAGGACCUAGGUCAGGAGUUGAUCGGGAACUCCAUCAUGUCCGACGCCAUCAAGGACGAGAUGGAAGAGUAUUCCAAGAAAUGGAACCUCCUGGACUGUCAGGCAAGGGAGAGAAUCCACAACCUGGAACAGUCCAUAAAUCAGGCACAGACGAUGGAGAGACAGAUCCUCGAAAUGUCUCAAUGGAUGAAUGACGUUAGCGGUCUGAUCAAGUCACGCCUCGAUGCUGACGUCCUGGCUGGGGAUGUACCAGAGGAGUACGAGUCUCUGAAGGAAGAGUUUAAACAGCAGCAGGAUUUGAUAGGAGAGCUAGAGCAGCAAGUCCAGACCUACAAAGCCCAGGGCAAUAUAGAGGGCAGCGAGCGUCUGCAGAUACAGAUAGAUAUCCUCAAGGAACAUUUCGUAGAUGUGACAGCAAUAUUUCGUAAGUUUCAACGACCAACAGACUUUGAGCCGAAAUUGAAUAGAGUCAAAAGAGACUUGAGCAGUAUUGGGGAGAGGAUACAUUUGUUGGAAAUCCAGACCGAGGACCCUGAAGUUCUGCAAGCCAAGCAUGACCAGUGUAUGAAAUUCUACCGUAUGAUGAGUGACCUUAAGACCGAGGUGGAAUACGUCAUCAAAACUGGACGACAGAUUGUGGACAAGAAACAAGUGGAGUUUCCCGAUAAACUGAACAAACAGUUAGACGCAAUAAAACAGCAGUACAACGACCUUGGCUCCCAGGUGACCAAGGGCAAGAAUGGUCUGGACAAGUCCCUAAAACUGGCCAGGAAACUGAAGAAGGAGGUGACCACAGUCAAUGAAUUCUUGGUUUCGGUCAGCGACGAGCUGGACAAUCGAGCUGGAGUUGGUGCUAGUCGGAACGUGGACACUGACCUCAAUUACGUACAGAGUGUACAAGAGGAGAUGCAGAAGCGCCAGACUAUGCUGUCCAGCAUGCGCGACCUCCUCAACCAGUUGGCAUCCUACGCAGAAGAGCCACUCACCGAGGCCCAGACCACACUAGACGAUCUGAGUGAGAAGUGGUCACAGCUGACCCUCCGUCUUGCUGCCCGACGGGAACAACUCCAAAAGGAGCUAUCUGACCUUGAGACUCUAUUUGUAGAAUUCCAAAUUUCCUUGAUGAAGGUCAAGGACUGUCUGGCCAGGACGGAGGGGGUGUUAGAGGACCAUGAGAAACUACCUGUACAGCAGCAGGCCUCUGAGCUACAGCGUGAUAAGAUCAAGAAUUUACAGGUAGAGCUUAAUGAGUACGCCAGUCAGGUGGACGAGGUUCGGGACACAGCCAUACAGCUGAUGAACAAGAGUGACCGCUACAACAGUAUGGUGGAGCCAGAACUCACCCAUCUUAACCAGCGCUGGGAGGAACUCACCAGCAAGGUCAAGGCAAAACAGACAUACCAAGUGACAGAGACUAUUGUUGAAAUAACCAAGACCACAGUUACCAAGGUGUCAUCUUCAUCCUCAUCAACUUUCACAUCUUCAUCUAAUGAAGAUAAACCAGAGGAGGUUGUACCAGAGACAAUGGAACAAGUUUCGGUGGAAAGAUCUUAUAAAUCUCCUGAAAGGAUUAUGAAAUCUCCCAGCCGUGACCUCAGCUCAAGGUCACCAACGCGGGAGUUAAAAUCUCCAGACAGACUCUCUACACCAUCACCCAGCCGUGACCUUGUGUCGCCAGAUAGAGAGCUGAGAUUAUUGACCAAGUCCCCAGACCGUGACUUUAGGUCACCUGAUAGGGACCUAAGGUCACCAGACAGAGUGCAAAGGUUGUCACCUUUGACCCCAGAUAGAUAUAUUGGUCCUGUGAUGACCGACGACGAGUUUCAGAUGCUGUAUGACAGCGUUCUCAAGGAUGUGGUCCUUUUCGACAACAGUGUUGUGUGUAAAGGGGAAAUUCAGCAAUCUGAUGUUAUUGGCAAACUGGAAGACAACGCAGCGAAACUAGAGAUGGAAACAGAAAAGAUGCAAGCAGAUGUUAACAAAGUGUCGGACCAAGGAAGACAACUGGCACACGCCAUAGACUUGGCUGACCACGACAAGGCCAUCCGUAUCUACCGGCAAGUAGAGGACCUCAAGUCCCGAUGGGGAUCCAUCAAGUCCACAGCUGAUGCCAAGAGGAGGUCAAUGAUUGUUAUUGCACCUCAGUGGUACCAAUUCAAAAGGGAAACCCAAGAUUUGACCAUCUGGCUGGACAAUAUAGAGCGCAGACUUCGGACAGCUCGAGUCCAGCAGGAGGACAUGAAGGCCUUCGAAGAUGAGCUGAAACGACGCCAGGAUAAGGUCAACUCUAUCAGCCAGAAAGGUGAAGAGCUUCGUCAUGAGGGUGCUGCUGCCAUCUUGGAACCAGAACUCGUUGGUUUGAACAAGAGGCUCGCUGAUGUCAGCAACCAGGUGGUACGAUACCGACAGCCUGUUAAUGAGGAGACAACUCAUGCAGAUUCAGCGUUCAUCUCAAGGUCAAGAGCACCGAUCAUGAUGACUGCUCCCAUAGCAACAUCUGGGAGGUCACCAGCUAAGUUCCUCGAUGACCUUCACAAAAUCCUGGACCAGAUUGGAAACAUCCAAGGAAUGCUACGGUCUCCGGAGCUUCACAGCAAGGAAUUUGAGAAUCUCUCCCACCAGGAAAGACUUCUCAAGAAAGUGAAGGAAGCCCUGAAUCUGGUACAGCCAGUUGUGGAGGAGGCUGAGCGAGGCCGACAGGAAGUGCUACCCCACUGUAGUGGGGAGGAGGUGGGCAGGCUACGACUCGACACGGAACAGGUCAUGGCCGAGUGGAGACAGGUCAACGAUACAUAUAUCACCAGUCACAGCCUUCAUCUAGAACUGAGGAUGGCCAAAAUCCAAGGUCGAACUAUCGUGGUCAAGUACGACCGAGAGAAGUUACUGUGA